CUCAGACUGAAGAUUGUUAUCAUUUACGAACACGGAUACAUAAGAUAAUUACACGUCGGCAGGUGAACCCAGAGCAGUUGAUCCAGAGGACGUGCAGUUCAAUCCCUACUGAAAUAUGGAAGGUGCAAGCUCGGUGCCAGAGCAACUCCUGGAUUCCUAUGCUGCCAAUCACAAGUGCCAUCGCCCGGGAAUCUCUCGACCCGAGAUGGCAUCGGCUUAUACGGAAAUGGCGGAGAACUACGACGAGACACUUCGCCCGGGCGUCUACAACGGGCCUGUGCUCUGCGCGGAGACAGCGGCGUCGCGCGUGGAAGAAUCGAGGCGGGCGAGCGUGCGUGUAAUGGACGUGGCGGCCGGCACUGGGCGCGUCGGCCACGAACUGCGCCUCCGCGGUUUCAGGAACGUAGACGCUGUGGAUCCUAGCGAGGGUAUGAUGCAAAAACUGGAGACCCGUGGCCUCUACACCAAUAAGUACGUCGAGUUCGUCGGAAUGGGUCAGAGUACUGUUCCUAAGGAUACGUAUGACCUGGUGCUUGUCGCGGGCGGAAUGGGCGAAGGACACAUUCCUGUUCAAGGACUUGACGAUAUGAUCGAUAUGGCCAAGUCAGGUGGCGAAGUGAUCAUCGUGAUGAGAAAAGAAUAUUUAGACUACGUGGAGGAAUACAAGGACAAGCUGGAGCCGUACAUGGACCAAUUGGUGGCGAAGGGCAAAUGGACCAAGGUGGAUAGAAAAGUCGUUCCAAACUACUCCUACAAUAAGGAUGGUGUCAUCUAUACCUAUAAAGUGACGUGAGUGGCAUCUGCAUCAGCACUGCUGGCGUGCUGCUGCCGUUGUUGUUGACAGUGUUGGUCCUGAGCAUCCGAGGCAGUCUCUGAACACUUCAAAUAAAAUCUACAAGCAG